AUGUACCAACACAGCACGCAGCUCAGUCGCCAUCAGCAGUCUGUGUUGUCGAUCAUCGAGCGUGUAUGCUCGUGCGUGUCUGUGGUUGCCUCGGGUAUCGUCAUUGCAACCUUUGUCAGCUCGACGGAAUUUCGCAAACCGAUCAACCGCUUGAUCUUCUAUGCCUCCUGGGGCAAUCUCUUGUCGAAUGUUGCGACCCUCAUCGCCGAGUCCAGUCUGCAGGCUCAUUCCCGAGGCGCCCUGUGCCAGUUCCAGGGGUUCAUGAUUCAGUGGUUCUUGCCAGCCGACUCCCUGUGGGCGCUCGCCAUGGCUUACAAUGUGUACCUGGCGUUCUUCAAGCAUUACGAUACCAGGCGUUUAGGGAUGCUGGAGUGGAAGUAUGUGCUUUUCUGUUACGGAGUGCCGUUUAUUCCUGCGUUUGUGUAUCUCUUCCUCAGCUCCGAGUCGAGGGGCAAGGUGUACGGGGAUUCUGUGUUAUGGUGCUGGGUCUCGUUGCGGUGGGACUUUCUCCAGAUCGCUGUAUUCUACGGACCAGUCUGGUUCAUUAUCUUGCUCAUCCUCGCCAUCUACAUCCGUGUUGGCGUGACCAUCUGGCGACAACGACGCGAACUGACAAAGAUCGUCAGGCCGGCCUUCGAACAUGCCACAGACACCACCGUGUUGGGGGACGUUGAUCUCCAUGGAACAGCCCAACCAGUGCCACUUGAUAGCUUUCAGCGGCACUCAAACAGAGAGCGGAGUCCUGCCUCUACUGCUGCUUCAUCCCAACGAAUCAUUUCUCCCGAGGUCUGGUCUACUCAGAAUCACGCCGGUCCCCGAAAUGCCCCUCCUAGUACUGCAGUAUCUCUUUCCUCCAAUAUCUCUCCUGCAACUUCGAUUACUCUCAGCCGCCACAACUGCGACCUAGGCCAGUCCGGCGCGUAUACUAGCUCCGCGUCGGGAGCGUACUACAAAUAUGCCGUCCUCUUCUUUGCGGCGUUGAUUAUCACAUGGGUCCCUUCCUCCGCCAACCGGGUUUAUGGGCUUGCCGCCUCGAAUCACUACGUAUUCGGCUUGAGUUGCGCCUCGAGCUUUGCUCUACCACUGCAGGGAUUCUGGAAUAGCCUCAUCUACAUUACUGUGUCUUGGCAGGCCAUUGUGACCUGGUUUCGACAUGUUGGUGCUCGGGCGCGGCGCACUUCGAGUGCCACGCUUCGACCACUGAAGUAUUCCUUGCGUCGUUUGUGUCAGGGUUGA